AUGACGGUUACAUUCCUGAUGUUACUGAGUUGGGCCAGGAAAGUGAUGAUUACGGCAACUGUCAACGUCUUCGUCAAAGUGGUGGAAGAGAAUUUCACGUCGGGGAUGGCGAUUCGUGGCUCCCCUGCUUUCCGGUCUUUUGUGACCCGUUUUAAGCAGCAGAUGGAUAUUUUCUAUGCCAACAUCUCUGGGUACCAGAAAGUCGUCGUGAUGCGUCUGAGCAACGGCAGCAUCAACGUGGAGCACCAGGUGGUCCUGCGGGUGCCCUUCUCCAAGUACCAGGCCUCCUACGCGGCGGCCGUGGACGAGAUCCAGGCCAGGCUGCACAGCAAGGAGGAAGUCUGCACUUCCGAGUCCAAAGAGAAGCUGUGCUUCAACGCGAGCGACUCUCGGGUGACACAGGUGCCGCUCAGCCCGGAAGAUUUGUUCAACACCUGCAGGAAUAACUCGGUGAUCCAACAAGAGCUGCAGCCCUUUUACCUGGCCCGAAACAUCAGCAACCAGCUGCAGUGCGUCUCCAACUGCAGCGUCUUCCACCCGGAUCCCUUCCGCUGCGACAUGGGAAACUGCUACAUCCAGACCAGCGGGCCGAACUGCUACUGCCAACAGUCGGACGCCUACUGGUACACCGGCCGCCACUGUGACCAGAGCAUCAGCAAGGUGGGGGUGGCCGUGGGGGUGGCCCUGGGCCUGGCGGUCCUGCUGCUGGUCAUCCUACUCCUAGCCGCCCUCCUCUGCUGGCAGCGCCGCCGCUCAAGGAAGGAGCCCAGGCGCUUGGAUUCGAACCCCAGCGAGGAGAAGUGGUACGAGAAUGAGCCGGACUGGAGGGCCGGGCCUCAGGGCCUCCCCCGACAGAGCCCCCCAGCCCAGCAAGAGCAGCCAGGUCCCUCUGCCAGCACCAGCCAGGAGGACGCCAGCCCCACGCCCACCCAGGGCAGCUUCCAGCCUCGGCUCGACCAAGUGGACAUUUCCCUCCAGGCACAGAUUGCUCGGCCCAGGAUAACACGUCUCUGAAGAAGCCGCCUCAGAAGACCAGAUUGGACCGGAGCAGGUGGCCCGAUCUGCGGCGGGGCUCCCUGGGCCCCACCAGCCCUGAGCUGGGCGCCUUUGGAGCGGCUCCCGAGGCCGUGGGAGGACAAGGAGCCGCGGUGGGACUCCUGGACGUCUGCUACGCCUGGAUGACGAAGUGUACUUGGGGCGCUUCGGCUGGCAGCCCCCCCCCCCUUGCCCUCCUCCAAGUUGGAGUUUGCACAGAUGUGGAGCCACAGGGGCCAGAGGCUGCUGCCAGCACUGCCCACCCGCCCGUGACUCGCCCGCUGUCGCUGCAGGCAGGGACAGUGACCCCGAAGCCCUACAAGUUGGCCAAGGCGCCACGGGGGCUGAUGAUGGGGGCAGGGCCGCUUUGGGUAAUAAAAGCACUGAA